AUGGGUCAAAUUAAUUCGAAGCCUGUCGCCGAGGGCAACGCCGGUUUUGCCCUCAAGUCCAUGAAUCCCCCCCAGGUUCCCUUCGCUGGUGACGGUGCCCAAGAGGACAAGAACAAGGGAUUCUUUGCCUUUUUUCAACAACUCUGCGGUGGCAGGCGUAAGUCCAUCAUCAAGAAAAACCGUAACGGCACCAUGGUUAUUCAUGCCCCCCUAGACGGAGGAUAUCCGGUCCUCGCGCCUUUCCCUCACGGGUUUGGCGACGGCAAUAACUACUUUUCCGUAGCCGAGCUGCUCGCCGGUGCGGAAGAUUCGGGCUUUGCUGACGGUGUCACCUAUGAGAGUGAAAUCGAGGAUGAGAGCCAAUUUACCAUAAACGAGUUUCUCGAAAACACCGAGACUGCCGAGGAUGCAGUCAGCCUCGCAGAGAGCAGUGACAGCAUCUCCUGGUCAAUUGAUACUCUAGCUCCCCCGAUUCCCCCCAGGAACCCCGCCCGCGUCGUCCUUGCAGGUCAGCUUUGUGCGAUUACCCACGACCGCUACUACCGACGCCAUACUAGUCCCUCGAGCCUCCAGCCUCCAGCAACCAGCAACCAGCAACCAGCAACCUUCUCCUUCCCUCCAUCACGAAUCACCACCCAAGACCCAAUGGCGCCCACCAGACCGUGCAUAUUCUUCCAACAGGGCCGCUGUCGCGCCGGCGAUGGUUGCACGUAUUCGCACACCGCCGCUCCGACAUCGACUAUCCCGCCGGCAACACCAACGCCAACGCCAAUUCGGCAAAGACCGGCGGGUGCGGUUGUGUCACAGGCGGCGCACCUAGCGCACCUGGCGCUUCGGGAGGGGGGCGUCGGACGAGCCGGCACGGACUUGCGUACAGUGGGCGCGACGGCGGGAGCAGAGGGAGCUUGGAGGUCGCAUAGGACGACAACGGCGGCGCCGGGACCGGGACCGGGACUUCUGGUGCCGUGUAGGUUCUUUCAAAUGGGACACUGUGGGCGUGGCGAGGGCUGCAAGUUCGCGCAUGUCACGGCGUCUACCGGGCUCGGCGAUGCCGUGGGAACAGCGGAAUUGGGAGCGUUUACGGUGGGCGCGAUUCAGUCGUUCGACCAACCCACACCUACACCCACCCCCGCCGCAGCUACCGCCGCCGCCCCACGUGAGACCGACGUCCGGGUCAUGGGCACGACGCUCUCGGUGACGUUCGGCGGGGGACUCACGAUCGCUUCCAUAGGCUCAGCCUCGGACACGAACAUCGUGACGAUGCAGCACCUACCAGCGCGCGCGGACGUGCGGGUAAUCCAGGAACUUCUCUCGCGGUUCAAGUUCGAUCUCCCACUGGAAGCGAUCCGCGCAACGCCGAUCGACGAAGGAACGUACGCCACAGCCAAGUUCGCGGACUCGGCGCAGGCGGCCGCGGCGAUCGCAGCGCUGGAUGGGCUCGUGUACGAAGACCACACCUUGGCCGUCAAGCUGUACCGCCUGAAGGGCCUGGCGGGCGUGAGCCAGAGCGCGACGAGGGUUAGCUGUACGUUCUUUGCGCCGGCUAGGAUCGCGUCCAUCACCUUCAACUCGCAGCGCCUGGCAGUGCAGGCGAUGAGAAGAUGCGACGGCAAGCGGAUCCGCGGCCGGAAGAUGGAGUUCAAGGACCACCGCAAUUACCGGCUGUUCUCCAGCAAAGGCGAGAUCAGCGUCGGCGGCCUGGCGGCAGCGACGACGAAGGACGAGCUGAAGGUGGCCUUCAAUCAUGGUGUGAAAUCCAUUUUCCUGCACGACCCGACGUACGAUCUCUCGGCGCACGAGGCGAUGGCGCACAUCGCCAGUCUGUUCACGCAGCGCGCACCGGACGUCGAGGGAUGGGAGAUCGUCUCGCCGGCGGACAUGCGCAAGACCAAGACGAUAAUCCGCUUCAAGAGCGCUGCGGCGGCACUCGACGCCGUGCGCAACCACGACGGAAAGGUCUGCGCUUUCCUCGGCGGGAGCCAGAUCUUCCUGCAGCCCAUCUACACCGCGAACUUCAAGAUUGUGCCCGAGAUCCACCGCGCGGUCGUGAAGGAGCUGGAAUGCCUGAUGAAGGAUCAGCCGCCGGGGGUGCAGAUCCGCGUGUUUGGUGGCGAGACGCAGUCGCUGGCGACGGUCCGCGUUACGGGCCAGGACAAGAAGAAGGUCUCGGCCGCAAAGACGAUGGUGGGGAAGAUUGUGAGGGGACGGCUAUUCCAGACGGCGACUGGGGAGGCGAUCUGGGAUCCGUUCUGGGCUACUGCGGAAGGCAUCCAGAAAAUUACCGGGAUCGGACGUGAGACUGCGACGUUCGUGUUCUGCGAUAAGCGCAAGUCGCAGCUGUUUCUCUUUGGCACCGUCGAGAACCAGGAAAAGGCCGUCGAGCGUCUGCACGGGUGCAAGGCUGCCAUCGCCGAGAGCGGUCACAAGAUUGCACUCGAGGGCGGCGCGUGGAGGAGCAUCAUGCGUGGUGGCCUUCGCGCAUUGCAGGAGAGAUUCGGAGCGAACAUGGUCAAGAUCGACGUCACCAAGCGAUGCAUUAUGUUUACCGGUUCCGCGGUCGAGCUGGAAGAAACCCGGACUUUGUUGAAGACCAACACUGGGGCGGAGAAGGACGUAACCUCUACGGCGACGGCGGACGGGGAUUGCCCCAUCUGUUUCGACACGGCGGAGAGCCCGAUCCAGUUCUCAAGCUGCGGCCAUACUUACUGCCUCUCCUGCCUGCGCGACUACGCCAGAUCAACACUUGAUACCCGCAAGUUCCCCAUCGCCUGCAUCGGCGCGACCUGCGAGCGCACGCUCGACCUCGCCGUUCUCGCCACAAUCCUCACCCCGGCCGAGUACGAGACCAUCCUGUCCACCGCCUUCACCGACCACAUCCGCAGCCAUCCGACCGAGUACUCAUACUGUCCGACGCCGAACUGCCCGACGGUGUAUCGCACCACCACUUCCACCUCCUCGGACACCGUACUCACCUGCGCCUCCUGCCUCCUCGACAUCUGCACUUCAUGCGCGGUCGAAGCGCACACGGGGCUGACCUGCUCAGCAUACAAGCUGUCAAUACACUCCGACACCGACGCGGACGUUGCGUUCGAGCAGUGGAAGCGUCGCAACCGAGUGCACGCGUGUCCGGCCUGCGGCACCGAUAUCCAGAAGUCGGAUGGCUGCGACCAUAUCACGUGUGCGGUGUGCAAGGCGCAUAUCUGCUGGAAGUGCUUGAUGGUCUUUGCCCGCAGCCCGGAGGUCUAUACACAUAUGACCAAGGAGCAUGGAGGGAUUGGGGUGCAGUAUGAUGGUGAUUCUGAUGAUUGA